AUCAAAACGACGAAAUUUACUAAAGAAAAAAUCAAAUCUGCUUCCGAGGCAGAGCGAGAGAGAGGCUUAAUCUCUUCUUCAAAAAUUUUCGGAUUGUUGAAGAGUUUAAGCUUCUCUGUUCAUGAUCAAAUUCUUUUUCAUUAUUUUUAAGUAAUUUUUUUUGGAAUCAUAAUUUUAGUCGUGAGACUUGGGCAAGUUCAGAAGAUUCUGCUGCUAAAUUUGGAAGAUCGUAAUCGGAAGAUUAUGAAGAAGUAGAUCCGAAGGCAAACCCAGUUUCUGAUCUGAUAAAUUUCCGUGGACAUGGCUGGUGCCUUCAGCCCUGUGGUUGGAUCUCUUGUUUGGAUAGAAGAUCCUGAUGUAGCUUGGAUAGAUGGUGAAGUUGUGGAGAUUAAGGAUCAAGACAUUAAGGUCCUCUGCACUUCAGGGGAGACGGUUGUUGUUAAAGCUUCAAAUGUCUAUCCUAAAGAUGCAGAAGCCCCACCCUGUGGAGUGGAUGAUAUGACAAAACUGGCUUAUUUGCAUGAGCCAGGAGUCUUAGACAAUUUAAGAUCAAGAUAUGAUAUCAAUGAGAUAUAUACUUAUACAGGGAAUAUUUUGAUUGCUGUGAACCCUUUUUGUAAGCUACCUCACCUCUAUGAUAGCCAUAUGAUGGCACAAUAUAAAGGCGCAGCCUUUGGUGAGCUCAGUCCGCAUCCGUUUGCUGUUGCAGAUGCUGCAUACAGACUGAUGAUGAAUGAGGGAGUAAGCCAGUCGAUACUGGUGAGUGGCGAAAGUGGAGCCGGUAAAACAGAAAGCACAAAAUUGCUCAUGCGUUACCUUGCUUACAUGGGAGGGAGAGCUGCUGUUGAGGGCAGGACUGUUGAACAGCAAGUUCUGGAGUCGAAUCCUGUUCUAGAAGCAUUUGGUAAUGCAAAGACCGUUAGAAACAAUAACUCAAGUCGUUUUGGUAAAUUCGUGGAGAUUCAAUUUGAUCAGAGCGGGAGAAUCUCAGGAGCUGCUGUAAGAACUUAUUUGCUCGAAAGAUCGCGUGUUUGUCAGGUUUCUGAUCCUGAGAGAAACUAUCAUUGUUUCUACAUGCUUUGUGCCGCACCACCAGAGGACAUAAAAAAAUACAAAUUAGGACAUCCAAGAACGUUUCACUACUUGAAUCAGUCAAAUUGCUAUGAGUUGGAUGGUGUUGAUGAUGCCAAGGAAUACAUUGACACGAGGAGGGCAAUGGAGAUUGUUGGAAUUAGUUCUGAUGAGCAGGAUGGAAUAUUUCGAGUUGUGGCUGCAAUCCUUCAUCUUGGAAACAUUGAAUUUGCAAAGGGGAAGGAAAUAGACUCGUCUACGCCAAAAGAUGAAAAAUCAUGGUUCCACCUAAAAACUGCUGCUGAGCUUCUCAUGUGUGAUGUGAAGCUACUAGAAGAUUCUCUUUGCAAACGUGUGAUUGUAACUCGUGAUGAAACGAUCACAAAGUGGCUGGAUCCAGAGUCUGCAGCUGUCAGUAGAGAUGCUUUGGCUAAAAUUGUCUAUUCGAGGUUGUUUGACUGGCUUGUGGAUACGAUCAAUAGUUCAAUUGGUCAAGACCCUAACUCAAAGUUCUUAAUUGGGGUUCUGGAUAUCUACGGAUUUGAGAGUUUCAAGACAAACAGUUUUGAGCAAUUUUGUAUCAACUUGACAAACGAGAAACUUCAACAACAUUUCAAUCAGCACGUUUUCAAAAUGGAGCAAGAAGAAUAUACGAAAGAAGAAAUUAAUUGGAGCUACAUUGAGUUUGUUGAUAAUCAAGAUAUCCUUGAUCUCAUUGAAAAGAAACCUGGUGGCAUUAUUGCUCUUCUGGAUGAAGCUUGUAUGUUCCCAAGAUCCACACACGAAACAUUUGCCCAAAAACUGUACCAAACAUUCAAAAAUCAUAAGCGCUUUGCCAAACCAAAAUUGUCGCGUAGUGACUUCACAAUUUGCCAUUAUGCUGGUGAUGUCACCUAUCAAACAGAGUUGUUCCUGGACAAGAACAAAGACUAUGUGGUUGCUGAACACCAGGCACUUUUGAGUGCUUCAAAUUGCUCAUUUGUGUCUGGAUUGUUUCCACCUUUAGCUGAGGAUUCAUCCAAAACAUCAAAGUUCUCUUCAAUAGGUUCUCGGUUUAAGCAACAAUUGCAACAAUUGCUUGAAACGCUCAGUUCCACAGAGCCACAUUACAUUCGCUGUGUGAAACCAAAUAACCUUCUUAAGCCAGCAAUAUUCGAGCACAAAAAUGUUUUGCAGCAAUUACGGUGUGGGGGUGUCAUGGAGGCUAUUAGGAUAAGUUGUGCUGGAUAUCCUACUAGAAAACCCUUCGUUGAAUUUGUUGACCGAUUUGGUCUCCUUGCACCUGAAGUUUUCAAUGGGAGUACUGACGAGGUCACUGCUUGCAAGAAUCUUCUACAAAGGGUGGGACUUGAAGGAUAUCAGAUUGGUAAAACAAAGGUGUUUCUUAGGGCUGGUCAGAUGGCUGAUCUGGAUGCCCGGAGGAGUGAGGUCUUAGGAAGAUCAGCUAGCAUUAUUCAGAGGAAGGUUCGUUCUUACUUGGCGCGCAGAAGCUUCAUCUCUCUUCGGAAAUCUGCUAGACAGAUUCAAGCUGUUUGCAGAGGAGAACUUGCUCGGCGAAUUUAUGAGGGAAUGCGGAGAGAAGCUUCCUCUGUGAUGAUUCAGAGAGAUUGGCGCAUGCAUGUUGCUAGAAAAGCCUACAAAGAAUUGUAUUCCUCUGCUAUCUCCAUCCAGACAGGUAUGCGCGGUAUGGCUGCUCGUAGUGAGCUCCGCUUCAGAAGGCAGACUAAAGCAGCAAUUAUUAUCCAGAGUCAAUGUCGCAAAUUCUUAGCACGGCUGCACUAUAAGGAGAUCAAGAAAGCAGCAAUCACCACACAAUGCGCAUGGAGAGGAAGAGUUGCUCGUAAAGAACUACGGAAGCUUAAGAUGGCUGCAAGAGAAACUGGAGCUCUUCAAGCCGCCAAAAAUAAAUUGGAAAAGCAAGUUGAGGAAUUGACAUGGAGGCUACAACUAGAGAAGCGCAUGCGGGCUGAUCUAGAAGAAUCUAAAACACAAGAAAAUGAAAAGCUGCAAUCAGCUUUGCAAGAAAUGCAGAAUCAAUUCAAAGAAACUAAAGCAAUGCUUGAAAAGGAGCGCGAGGCUGCAAGAAGAGCAGCUGAACAGGCCCCCGUAAUUCAGGAGGUUCCUGUUGUUGACAAUGCAAUGUUGGAGAAACUUAAUAGUGAAAAUGAAAAGCUUAAGGCUCUGGUGAGUUCACUGGAAAAGAAAAUUGAUGAAACAGAGAAGAAAUAUGAAGAGGCAAACAAGGUUAGUGAAGAAAGGUUGAAGCAAGCUUUGGAUGCGGAAUCUAAAAUCAUCCAAUUAAAGACUGCCAUGCAAAGGCUUGAAGAAAAAUUCUCCGAUAUUGAAUCUGAAAACCAAAUUCUACGGCAGCAGACCUUGUUAAAAACACCUGUUAAAAAUACAUCAGGGCUUCCGCCAACUCCUCCAACUCCAGCUACUCCGGUAUUGGAAAAUGGCCAUCAUGCAAGUGAAGAGAGCAAAGUCAAUGAACCACAAAGUACAACUCCAGUGAAGAAGUUUGGCACGGAAUCUGAUAGCAGGUUAAGGAGAUCAAUUAUUGACCGUCAACAUGAGAAUGUUGAUGCUCUCAUCAACUGUGUUGUCAAAAACAUAGGGUUCAGCCAGGGAAAGCCCGUUGCAGCUUUUACCAUUUACAAGUGCCUUCUUCACUGGAAAUCUUUUGAGGCUGAAAGGACUAGUGUGUUUGAUCGUCUCAUUCAGAUGAUUGGUUCUGAAAUUGAGAAUCAAGAUAACAAUGAUCAUAUGGCUUAUUGGUUGUCAAAUACAUCUGCAUUACUGUUCCUACUCCAACAAAGUAUGAAAGGUGCCAGCGGCGCAGCUCCACAACGGAAACUGCCCCCCGCGACUUCUCUUUUUGGGAGGAUGACCAUGGGUUUUCGCUCUUCCCCUUCUUCUGCGAAUCUUCCCGCACCUGCGCUGGAGGUAGUACGCCAAGUGGAGGCAAAAUAUCCAGCUUUGUUAUUCAAGCAGCAGCUCACAGCAUAUGUUGAAAAAAUAUACGGAAUCAUUCGAGAUAACUUGAAAAAGGAGUUAUCAUCAUUGCUUUCAUUAUGCAUUCAGGCACCAAGAACGUCAAAGGGAGUUCUAAGGUCUGGGAGGUCCUUUGGUAAAGAUUCUCCUGCAAGUCAUUGGCAAAGCAUCAUUGAAAGCCUUAACACUCUCCUUGCCACACUGAAAGAAAACUUUGUGCCUCCAAUUCUUGUCCAGAAGAUCUACACUCAGACUUUCUCAUAUAUUAAUGUGCAACUCUUUAAUAGUCUUCUUCUACGUCGUGAAUGUUGUACAUUCAGCAAUGGAGAGUACGUAAAAGCUGGAUUAGCAGAAUUGGAGCUGUGGUGCUGCCAGGCAAAAGACGAGUAUGCUGGUUCAUCUUGGGAUGAACUUAAACACAUAAGACAGGCUGUUGGGUUCUUGGUUAUACAUCAGAAAUAUAGGAUAUCCUACGACGAAAUCACCAAUGACUUGUGCCCUAUCCUCAGUGUCCAGCAACUGUACAGAAUAUGUACCCUGUACUGGGAUGACAAUUACAACACGCGAAGUGUAUCUCCAGAUGUAAUUUCCAGCAUGAGAGUACUCAUGACUGAGGACUCCAAUAAUGCUGUCAGUAAUUCCUUUUUGUUGGAUGACAACUCGAGCAUUCCCUUCUCGGUUGAUGAUCUUUCCACUAAACUGAAUGUAAAGGAUUUCUCAGAUGUCAAACCAGCAGAAGAACUUCUUGAGCAGCCGGCCUUCGAAUUUUUACACGAAUGAGGCUAAGGAAGCUCAUAUUUUGUUUUACCUGUGUUUUUUAAUGGUAGGCAGUACUUCAUAUUCCCUUUAGCAAUUUCAUUUGUUAUUGUAAAUCCUUUCCCCCCCAUCAACUGGAAAAAAAAGAGUAAAAACUAAAAAGUCCCUGGCCUCUGUGUCAAUGCCCGUGCUGUAAAAUUAUGUCAUUUUUUAUUUUUUUAUUUUUUAACUUUGUUUUGGCAUUCAAGGGGGCAGUAAUAUCAUUUAAGGUGUGUAUACUUUUUUUUUUUUUUUUUGGUAUUUUCUUUGGUAUUGUUUUCGUUCCGCCUUCUGGGCAGCAGCUUUUAUAGGGAGUUUCAGAUGCAAUUUGUUUUAUACUUUGGUGGAUGAUGAAUUGCUCUCUCCACCCAAUUUUUGUUGUAAAAAGAAACAACAUAUAUACAAGCACAAUGACAUUUUUGGUUUUGU